AUGGCCGAACAAGAACAACCUGAGCUUCACGAUACUAAUCAAACUGAAUCAUCUGUUAGUGAAACAACUAAAUCAACACAAAAAAAAUCAAAGAAUAAAGCAACAGCUGCUGCAGUUGCCACUACAACGACUGAUGUACCCGAUGGAACUGGACAAAAUAAUAAUGCACGUGUAACAGAAAAAGUACAAGAUUUAUUUAAAAAAAUAGUUCUAGCUGAACAAGCUAGUGCUAGUAGUAAUAAUCGAAGUGCACCAAAAUCUGAUGAAGAAGCUGCAUCAAGACAAGAAUGGAAAUUUUGGCAGACACAGCCAGUACCAAGUAUUGGAACAAAAGUACCAUCAGAAAAUAAUGGACCUGUAGAAGAAAAUAAACCUAUUGAAGAAUUAAAACAAGAACCAUAUAAAUUACCAGAUGGAUUUACAUGGGAUGAAGUUGAUAUUCUUGAUGGAGAACAAUUAAAGGAAUUAUAUGUUCUUUUAAACGAAAACUAUGUUGAAGAUGAUGAUAAUAUGUUUCGUUUUGAUUAUUCAAUGCCAUUUUUACGAUGGGCUUUAUGUGCACCAGGAUGGAUUCGAAAAUGGCAUGUAGCUGUACGUGUAACAAAAAGUUCUAAAAUGGUUGGUUUUAUUAGUGCCGUACCAAUUAGAAUGAAAGUUUAUGACAAGUAA